AUGUGGGAUAAUAAUUACAACGCAUUUUUGGUGAACGGUAAAUUAAUAAUGAUAGUAAGUGAUAACGUUAGUUAGAACGACAAGUACAAAUUUUUAGUACAAUCCAAAAGUAACGUAUUGAGUUCAAAACAAACGAAAUGAAACGACACGGCGAGUUGAAGACCUCUCCCCCUAACUUAUAAACAUAGACCUUAUAGGUUUAUGCAUAUAAACAAUAAUUAAAAAUUAUGGUAGUAGAUGUUGUACAUUAAUGUAUUUCUCUUAUGUGGCUCUACUUCUUUGAAGUAGGUUAGUGUUAUCAGUAAAUUGAGAAAUGCGCCAUCAGAUUUCAUAUUUGUGGUAAUCACGAUUUAAGACAAAUCUUUCAAUUAUUUAUAAAGAAUUAAAUCUUAAAUUGUGGUGGUAGUAUAGUGGGACCGUUCCCUACAUCGUUCUUUACAACAAGUGGAUGUGCAAAAGAUUUCUAUUUUACAGUACCAUUACUUUUGGGAAAAAAAAUAUUUAGUACGAUGUUUUGUCUAACCAAGAUGGCACCUUAUUGAUAGGUACUAUAUACAUUAGAUCAUAAACAUUAUAUAUACAUGUAUAUGAUCUAAUCUCUAUAUCCAAGGUUAAUAGAAUAUCCAUAUACAAUUGUAUACACCCAAAAAUAAUAAUUGUUAUAGUUAUUUGGACAUCAUUUUUAAAUCUAAAUUGGUAGUUUUACGAUCAGAAUGUGUAUGCGUUUGAGCAUUUUACAGUUUACAAAACACUAAACACUUAAUAACUCACAUAUAAUUAAUAAAUUAUUAUUUAUUAUAUUUACUUCAAAUUCUGAAUGACUUCAGAUAGAAACAUUGUUCCAAUUAAACAAUAAAUACCUAUAACGUUUAAUACUCACAAAUGUUUGUAUUUUUCUUGGCUCUCGGGGGGGAGGUGGAGUAGUUUGAAACCGAAAACCCCCCUUUAAGUAUUCUACUGACCAUAGAUUAUAAAUAUAAUUUACUUUAUUCAUAAUUGUAUAGUAUUUUAUAUUGCAUUAGGCAUGAAGUUAUCUUGGUUUGUAGUUUAUUAAUACAAAUUCGAUUAGAUUAGUUAUCUGGGGAGAUCCCUCCCUUAAAGUAAAUUUAUAUUUUAAAGUUGCUUUAUUAUAUUUAUUACAUUAUGAUUUUAUAGUUAGUGUCCUUGUCUAUAGCCAUUGAUUAGUAUAUACUCUUCUUUAGUUUAAAUUUCUGUUUUUCGAGUUUUCUUCAUGAAUAUUUUUUCUUGCUGUGUUAGAACUUAAUAUUUUAAACAUGUGGUUUUUACAAAAUCAAUUUUAUUUUAUUAUUUUAAUUAUUUUAUUUUUUUCAGGUAACAAAUUACUCUUUACUGUAAUUCCUACUUAAAUAAGAAAAUUUAUUAAUGUGACUAUUUUUAUUUUUAUGCAUAGAACGGCAAGCUAGUUGUUGUUAUUUUAAUGAAACUUCAUCAACCUCAUUAGUUUGUUUACUCAGAGAAAAUGAAUUGGUAAAUUGUGAUAGAUUAUUUGGUAAGUUAUAUUAUAACUUGUUUAUGAUUAAUUAAGUAAUAACGAUAAAUAUAUAAAUAACACUUGUUUGUUUGGAAAUUAUAGGAUAUCCAGCCGAUCUCAAUUUAAUUUUCAAUGAUUGUUCGCCAGAACUUUGUGAUAAAUUGUUAAUUGGAUCUUUAGCUAAUUUUAGUAUUGAAGACAUCAUUAAACUGCCAACGAAUCUAAUAUAUUUUUUACCUGUAAGUAAUUUAAAAUAAAUAGGUACUUAUAUUUUAUAAUAAAGACAUGAUUUCAGAAAAACAAAUUAGACAUAUUAUCUGGUACUCACUUAGCGUCUUUAUUAAUUGCAAAUGAAGAUGAUUCGAUAAUAGCAAAAAAAAUUCUUCAAUCUGUUGUAACAAAUCAGCAACGCAUACAGUUCCUAAAUUUUGUAUGAAAAUAAUACAUUUUUCAUAUUUAUUUAUCUUCAUAGUUAUUUAUAUAUGUACAUAUAUUUUUUUGUUUAGUUGGUUACAAAGAUUAUUAAAAAUGAUAAAAUAUUAGAAUUUAUCAGUGAAACAGUAUAUAAAUGGAACUUUAAUGUUAAAGAUGGUAAAUUUCAAAAGUUAUCUAAUAUAUGUGGUUAUGCUUUAGCUAGACUUUGGGCACCAUAUAUUCUUACCAGUAGUAAACCUAUUAAAAUCCGAUUGUGAGUAUCUAAUCAUAAGUAAUUUAUAACAAUAUUUCAUGAGGCUUGUAAAAUAGAUUUAUAAUUUAUCUAUGAGUAAUUCAUAUAACAUAUCACAACAGUGAAUUUCCAUAAUAUUAUCAAAUAGAUAAUUAAAGUUUUGCAACCAAACAUUGUAUUUUAAGAGUAGUUAAUGAUAUAUAUGAAGUUUAAAAUUAAUUUUUUAAUACAGAACUACGGUAUUAUUUUUAAUGACUUUAUUUGUAAUUAGAUUUCUUUAUACAAUUUUUAAGUAAAAAUAUGGUACCUAUUUAAUGCAAUUUACAUUAUUUUUAAUACCAGAUAUAUUUUAUAGAUUGACUUUGUUAACUGAAGCAGAACAAAAACAAAAUCAUAGAGCAUUUUGUAAUAUAUAUAAACAGUCUAAUUGGAAAAAUUUGCCUAAGAGUGUUAGAAGAUCAUGGUCUAUGUUGUUAAUCAAUCAAUCUUAUCCUUCUGCAUUAAACAAAUGGACAGUUGAACAAAUAGCUCAGUUUGUUUUAAAAUUUAACUACCUACUUAUUUAUUAUAAACCAAUUUCUUGUAUUUCCUAUUAUUAUUUUUUAGAUACAAAUUUUUGUUACCAGAUUUUAAUAACAAUGAACUAAUACGUCUUAUACCAUAUAAUGAAUUGUCUAAAAUGAUAUUAAGUAAUAUCGAAUUUGAUUAUCCUCAGGUAUGAUAUAAUUUAUAACAUAUAAAUAUAAAUUAUCGUUUACUUAUUUAAUAUUAUAAAUGAUGGUAAACCAUGUUUGUAAUACAUUGACAUUAUAAAUUUAUCUUCUUUUCCUUUGUUUUCAUCCCAACUAUUUAGGGUCGGCCACCCUCAUUUUAAAUUUCCACUUGACUUUAUCUCUUACCUUUCAUAUGAUGAUAGCUCUAAUAUACUCAAUUGCAUCAAACCACCCCUUUUUUGAUCUUCUUCUCCCCAUCUUUCCUCAUAUGUUUAUAUCCUCGUCAAAGCCAAAUUGUGUUAAGUACAAAGUAUUGUAAGUACCUGCUUAAAACUCAACUUCAUCUUUUAUGUCAACGUUUAUUUUCAUUAGCUGUCUUGUCUAUAUUCUUUCAAAAUCAUACUUUAUUUUACUUCUACUUAUCCUUAGUCCAUUUCUUGAAGUGCUACUCUCCAUUCCUCAAGCCUAUUGUUAACUUUCAGAUUUUCUCCUAUUAAAGUUAUACCAUAUGGUACCUUUUCUCACCUGUUUUUCCACGCACAUCUGAGAUAAAACAAUCCACCAAAAUCUUAUUUAGAAUUCCUUAUGCUAUUUCAAAAAGUAUUUACACCCGUUAUUGACCAGCCGCUACUCUUAUUUUUUUGCCUCUGUUGUGGGCAUAUUUUUAAACUCAAAGUUAGGUUUAAGACGAAUGAGUAGACACAAUAUUUAUAAGUAUUUUUAUUUAAAGUUGAGAAAUAUUCAAACACUUUUUAAUUUACUUACAAGUCUGCGGCGUGAAUAUACCUGCAGAUGAUAGUACUCAGACUCGUCUGAAAAGGUGUUCUUGGCGACCCGUAUGUAUACCCUUUAUCCCCCUGCUAGAUUUGCUUAGUCCGCUAUUUUUGGUAACAACAUGUUAUUGCGUAACUGAACAAUAGCCCGCGUACUGACCCGGUGUCCGGUCCCCAGAAAAUGUGUGCAUAUGUAUUUUGUUAUAUAAACUAAUUGAUUAUAAUCAUUUGUUGGUGGUUGUUCGCAUUGCUCCGGAACCUUGGUAGAUAAUUGUUCGGGCCAUCUGGUGUACUUGAGAUCAGCCGUGGCUGAGGCGAAUACGUUUUAUAGUAUUAUAUAUAAAAAGGAAUGAGCCGACGCCCAUACACCUCUUACUAUAGGUCGAGGUACCAUGGGAGUAUUAUGAUCCUCUUCCACAGGGAAAAUGGUAUUUUCUACUAUGAAGUUAAUUCCUCCACCCUACAGAAACAAUACCAUAUGCCUAUUGGAAUCACCCACCUGGGCUUUCCAUCAGUAAGAGCUCAGGCCUUGGGCUUACUAAACCUGUGGCAUCAUAUGCCAACAUCAUAUUAAGGAUUAUAAAUAUUGAUUUGUUAUUAUAUUAAUUUAAAACAAAAAUUUCAUUAGGCAUUAAAAUAUUCCACACAAAUAUUUAUUUCUAAUUUUGUUUUGGAUAAAUAUAUUUAAUUAAUAAAAUAAUUCCAUCAUCAGAAAAAAUUAUGUUUUUGAAGUAUAAUGUAGCAAUAAUUAUUAACAAAUAUUUUUUUAGUGAAAAAUGGUUUUUUGAACAAAUUUUUUAGGCUAGAUUUUUAUUUUCCUGGUUAAUGGAAAAUAGUACAUUGAAAGAUCUGAAAUUACUGUAUCCAACAUUUUUCUUUAAGUUAUCACCAUUGCAAAUCAAUGAAUUUGAACCAGAAGAAUGGGCUGCUGAAAAAGUAUCAAUUUCAUCAUUGAAAAAUAACUAUUUAAGUUAUGCAGCAGCAAAACAAGUAUAUAGUUUAAUAAGUUGAUAAAUAUUAAAAUUAUUUAUAAUAAUAGUAAUAUUCUGGCUUUAUACUGAUUUUUAGAAAUAUUUUGUAAUUUUAACAUUUGCUCAGUUGUCAGUACUAGUUGAUUUAGCUGAUUUAAAUACAGAAAAACUAGAUAAAAAUAUUUCUGAAAUAUUACUUCUGUACUUUUUUAUUCUAAAUUAAUAAAUCAUUAUUUAACAUUUUAAUCAUUUAAUCGUUUAUUUAAUUUAAUUUUUUCAUUUAUCAAAUAAAUAUAGAAUUAUAAUUAUCCAUUAUUAAUUAUCCAUUAUAUUAUAAUCUAUCAAUUUUCUUGAAGUAUUUUAAAUGAAUUUGAUUUUUUUUUUUUAACCACUGGAAUUAUUUAAGUUUUAUUUUAACAUUAUUUUCCAUUAUUUACCCCUAUUCCUUUAAUUAGUAAACAUUUUUGAAUUUCAAAUAGUUCUCCCCCCCAUUUCAAACACAGAUUUAAAUAGGGAAUAUUUGCUUAAAUAAAUUGGAUGGACACACAUAACAAUAUUGGAUUUACCAUUUUUGACUUAUAAGUACCCAUAACAGUAGGAAAGGGUAAUAAACUAACUAUCCACGUGAAGAUGAUAAUUUGAUAACCCUUUACAAGUCAUUAACAAUAAAUUUGAUUUUAGUGACAUUUUCCAUAUCAACAUUUUUAGAAAAUAUUCUCAAUUUGAAUUAGUAUUUAAAAAGUGGGGGUUGCAACUUGAAAAUGUGGUGUAUACUCUUUUAAGGUAUAAGUAGUAUGAUCAACAUUUGAAAAUAAUGUUAAAUUGAAGCUUAAACAAUUUUAAAUGAUUCAAAAAAAAUGAAAAUUCACUCAAAUCCUCCCAGAAAAUACUGGAUCAUGAUGGAUGAGUUAUCCUGUACACAUAAUUAUUUGUAGAUCUAUUUCACUAAAUAAUAAAAAUAUAUGUUUUUUUUUUUUUUAGAUAUUUAAUAAAAUUGCUAGUUAUUGGCUUUCUUCAAAAUUAAAUUUUGUUAAUGAGUGGACAUCUGAAGAUUUACGUCAUUUACCUCUGUUAUACACUCAACCAGCUACUUCGUUUUUGAAAUUUUGUAGUACUCCACCAAGCAUCCAAUCACUUAUUGCUGUUGAUUCAUACAUGCUUACUGAUAGACAAGUAAACAAAUUUAUUUGUUAAUAACAAAAUGUAAAUAAUAAAUUAUUGAAAUUUAUUUGCAGGCCUUUUAUUUGAGUGGUUGUAGCAGUAUGUUUUCUUUUCAUAAAAAUGAUCCAAAAUUAUUGCUUGGUUUGAAAUAUUUUAUAAAAGCAAUUCCAGUUUCUAGUUUUUUAAAUGUUGAUAUUGGAUAUAUCAAUCAUCAAGUUCUAUCCCACUUGGUUUCUUCAGUUAAUGAUCAUAACUUGCCGAUGGCUUUUCAUAUUUUUAACAUAACAAAUCCAGGUAUGUAUUAUUUUUAUGUAAUUUUGCAUUGUGAGUUUUAAAUAUUAUUUAUAAUUGUUAUUUUAAAUUAUAGAAAUAUUCCUAACUUAAUAAUAAAAGCUAUAAUUCUUUGGUGUUAAUAGAAUAAGUAAAAAGCCAUUAGUAAUUUAACAAUUAGCAUUGAAUUUUGAACUCGUACAAUAUUAGCUUCAAGUAAUGAGAAUAUUAAUAUCAUAUAUUUUUUUCAGUAAAAAGAACCUAUUUCAUUGAAGAAAUGCUUAAAAAUAAACAUAAUAUUCUUUUUGAACAGUUAGCACCUUCGGAUAUAUCUGAUCCUAUAGUUGAUGUUCUUAAACAGUUAUAUUCUAAUUAUACUAAUCGAAUAGACAACUUACCUAAAUAUUUAGUAAAUAUUCAUAGACAUACUAAUUUACCUACUUAAUAUACUUUGUAGUUAUUUAAUUAUUUUUUUUAUUGAUUUAGCUUAAUGUAAUAAUAGAAAAUGAUGAAUUAUUAUUCAAAUGGACUGGUAAUGGAUCAACAUUUAUUAAAGGUCUCUAUAAUGGGUAUACAUGUAAUUUCAUACAAAAAAUAAAUAGUGUGGAUUUUAUGGUCUUCAUUUCCAACUACAACGCAUACCUCAAACUUAAUAAAAAAGUAAUGGUUUAUCUAGAAUUUAAACAAAAUUCAAUUUACAAAGUUAAAAAUGUUAAUAUUCAGUAAAUAGUAUAGAAGAUAUUGGUAUAUUGUACAAUUUACAUGCAUCUUGGUACAGAAUAGAACAUUAUUAUCAUAAAUUUGAAUAUGUCAUUUAUCAUGUUAAAAAAAAAUAAAUUGUUUUGUUGAGAUCAAAUUGUAAAUAUGAAGAUUUAUAAUGAGUUAUGAUUAUUUACAUUUCAACAAUUUUGAAUAUUAUAAUAAAAUUUGUAAUUAAUUUUAUUUGCAAAUUUCAUUUAUUUUAUGCACAAUAAUCAAGAUUGGUAAUGUGCAUGUAAAAUUGUUUUAUAUGUUUGAUGUAUAAUACUCCACAUAUAAAGCGUAUACAACUAUAUAACAACUAAAAUAUAUGAAUACAUUUUUUUUUUAUUAUUUAAUAUUCUCUAUAUUGAUUUUAGUUAAUAUCCAUCAACUUUGUUUAUAACUUUUUUUUGUAAUAUAUGCAUAAUAUUGUAUUCUUAUUUUUUUUAAUUCUGUAUUAAUAUUAAUGUAUUUACUAUUUUUAAAAAUAUCAGUUCAACUAGAAAAUAGUUAAAUAAAAACAAGUGUAAUUCUUUGGGUGAUCUGAGGUGAUCCAUUUUUAUUGAAUGUGGCAUUAAUAGUAUUUCCUGGGGGCAUAUAUUUUUUGUACACAAUCCCUUGUGAAUGAAAAAAAAACUUUGAUCAUGGCAAUUGACCAUACUGAAUAGAUAUAGUAAUACGAGACAUAACUAACUCACUAUAAGUUUGAUUCAUGGAAUGUUUCUAUAGAACUUUCUCAUAACUUAAAACAAAAUUUGAUCAUAAUUCAUUGUUAAAGAUUUUUUCCAUAUUUAAAUUAUAACUGCAUUAAACUUUUUCUAAAUUUGAUGAUACUUCUAAAAAUGAUCUGAUACAUGUGAAAUUUUAUAGUGCGAAUGAUUGUGAUGGUUAUAGUAAUUACUUCUUAGAAUUUAAUAACAAUCUCUAUUCUAGUAUUAAUUUUAAAAUGGUUGUCUCAAAAUGUAUGGAAUGCACAAAUUCUGAACACAGUGAAUAAUCAAACUUUUUUUCUAACUUUUAAAUACUAUUCAGAAGAAAAAUAUGAUUAAUGAAAUGAAGAUUAAUAUAUUGACUAUUCAAUUAUUCAAUGUAGUGUUAACUGUACUAAUUUUUUAGGUAUUCCCGAAAAACUUACAAGUUUGUGUGGCUAAAGCAUUUAUUGAUUAUUUAAAGUUAAAAUCAAGAUUUACAAUAAAUUAUUCCACACCAUUAUACUUGGAAGGAUGGGAAAUUGAAGCAGUGCAAGGUAAAUUAGUUUAUUUUAUUAUCAUUAUUUAUGUAAUACUAAUUUUCUAGGAUUUAUUUUAACAACUCUUCCUCUGGAUGUUAUAUUAAAUUCAAUUUUGAGAGAUAAUAUAUUGUAUACUAUUGGACGGUUAAGUUUCCCUGAACUCAUGAUUGCAUCUGAACCAAAUAAAUUGUCAUCGAUGGUUGACCAAUAUAUCACCUGUAUUGUAAGUUUUAAACUAAAAACAAUAAAAAUGUAUUAUUAUAUAUCUUGUUUCUGUUUUAUCUUAGUUAAAAAAUGAAUCCAGUUUAAGUUAUGAACACUUAUAUACACUUGGAAAUUUAAUUCAUUUUAUUCCAACAAUGUAUUUAAGUGUAAUAGACGAACAAUCAUUUAAAUUCUUGAUAGAAUCUAGUUUAUUUGACACUAGGAUUUGUGUCGAUUCAUUAUCAAAGGACAAAUGGGCUAAUUUAAUAAUCAAAGCCUUUGGGUAAUAUAAUAUCAAUCUAUUAUAUGAACAUGAAGAACAUGUUUUAGAUUAUUUAUUAUUUAUUUGAGUUUUAUUUGUUAAUAACUAUAACAUAUUAAAUACUAAGUGUAUGUAUUUAUUUUUAAUAAAUAUUCUAUUAUCUUCAUAAACAAUAAUAUUUAAAUUUUUUUUAACCUACAAUAAAUCUACUACCCAAUGUUUCUGUAAUAUAACAAUCACAAACUAUACAAAUAAAAAUUAACUUUUUGCUGUAGUUAUUGGAUAAAAAUCAUAUGAUAUUUACCAGAAUUGAAUAGUUAGUCAAUUAUUAAUAAGUAUUAUUCACUUUAGUAGUUAUUUCUUAUGGGAUGUAUAUAAAUAAUAAUAAAAAUAUUUUCACUCCUACUUCCUUGGAGUUUGUGAGAACCUGCCUGUAUCAGUUACCUUUAAAAAAAUUUCCUGAAAUUUAUUUUAUUUAUUAAGUUUUUUAUAUUGAUAAUAAUUUGUAUUAAAUAAGAAGAAAAGAUAAUUUUUAUUUUUUAUUUAAAAUUGGUUUUUUCCCCUGGAUUUGAAUUUUUUUUUUUAACCAAUAUCUUAUAAAUAAUUCUGCAUCAUUAAUUUACAAAUAUAUUUGAAAUUAAUAUUUAAACUUUUCAAUAUAUUUUAUAUAUAACUAUUUAUAAUUUUAGAAAUCUGGAAAACUGGUCAAGUGAUACUUUGGUAACAUUGUCAGAUCUUCUUAUUGUAUUAAACCAAGGUCAAUUAGAUUCUAUACCAAAAAUCUCACGUUUGAAUUCUGCUGAUAUUAUUCAAACACGAUACGCUGAUGAAAUUGAAUGGUUAUCUAAUAAUAUUCCUUUUUACAAGGUUAGUGUCAACACUAAAAUAUAUACCCAAAUAAACAAAAUGUAUUCUUUUAUUAUAUUUUUUUAGGGUUGUGAAUUAUUUUUGGGUGAUAGAUUUGUCGAUUUUACUAAUUCUUUAUCAGUUUUAAUUAAUUUCCACUUGACUUCUAUACAAAAUCAAUUACAAAUGAUUAGUCCAAUAAAUAAUAAUCACUUAUAUAAAGAAAUUAUAAAGUCUUCAGAAGCCAAACCUAAAAUGUUCAAACCAUCUGUAUUAAUUCCAGUACCAGAAUUUAAUUAUGUACUAAACAUACUAGCAUCACCAAACAAAUUGUUAAACAAAUUUUUUGCUGGUAAAGAGAAAGAAGAUAAAAAUAAUUCUGUGAAUACUAAGAAAAAUAUUGAGGUUCUAACCACACAGACAACUUCAAUUACUACUGAAUCUAUAUCAAUUUUAGAAGUUAAAAAUUCUACCAAUUCAAGUUUUACAACACCAAUUUUGAUUUCAUCUAAAUAUAAUGAAAGCUCAACAACUAGUUUAGAAAAUGAUCAAUACACUGAAAAUUCACUUGAUGUCACAUUCAUACCAUUAGCUGGUACUAUUAAUAAUUAUAACACAAUUUUAAAUACUAAAAACAAUGGUAAUUAUAAAAUGUUACUAAAUGAAAAUGAUAAAUUUAAUACUAAUGUACCUACUUAUAAUCAAGAAAUAACUACUCCUAUACCACAAAUUACUAAAAAAUUUGAAUAUAUUAAGCAUAACUUGACUUAUUCAUUGUUAAACCUUAAAAAUGAGAAAAUAAUGCAUGAUAUUCAAAAUUACACGUAUUAUAGUAUUUCAUCUAAUAAUUCACUUUUAUCUAAAAAAAAAGAAAAUAUAACGUUAAAUGAUAAUCAAAGUGAAAGAAAAAAAAGAUCAUUUGAAUUAUUUUUUAAUUCUACCUUGCAAGUAAGUUUGCCUCUACAUAAAAAAAUUUAACUUAAAUAAUUAUAAAGUUAUUCUACAGCAUAUUAGUAAUUUUUCAGAUUGGUUGUGAAGCAUUAAAAAUAUUAGGACCUGCAUCAGUUAUCUCCACUCGAUUCAAUUCAAUUGUACAUUCUAUGAGUAAUGAAGAAUUAGAAAAUUGCAUUGAUCUGUUGGGUUCAUUUGAUAUUGAUUCUGAGUUAUCUAGAUACAUAUGGUCCAAAAUAAAAAACAAGGUAUAGGGUGAUCAACGUAAUGUAAAACAUUCAUUAUAUUGAGAAAUAUUAACUAUUUUCAGAACUUGCUUUUUAGAAAAUUUAAAAAAUUAGUAGCUUUAUAAUGUUACAUUACUUUUUUUUUCUGCAUUAUUUCAGGGUGUGAACCCCUACAUACUUUUAAUUUUCAAAUGGCAACUUAUAUUCAUAACAUUUAUUCCAUAAAAAGAUGAAAUAUUAAUUUAUUUAAAUCAAUGUUGGUGUUGAAAUUUUAUAUUCUGGAUGGAGUGAAGAAGUUUAUUGUUUUUACGAAGAUUUUUUUUUUUUUUUGUGGACAACUUUUCUAUCAGUAAUUUUGUUUUGAUUCACGAUGAUAACACUUUUUUUAAAAAGAAAUUUGACUAGGAAGGUACUAUAAGGUUACUAUAAGGUAACUUUUUGAUUUUCCCAGGAGUUUUCCUAAUAAAUAGGAAACUAGAUAAAAUAUUAAACGAAAAUUAUUAAAAAAAUAUAUAUAAUGCCUAUGUAAUUAUUUUACUAUAAUACGACAAUGGCAAUGGGUGGUUACUGUUGUAGGUGAAAAUUUUAGAAGGUAGAUGGGAUAUUUAAUGUUUAUCUAUUCGCAAAAUAAGUCAUUGCUAACAAAAAACGAUUCUGAGCAGACUCAGCUAUACAUGUUUUGAAAGGCUGUAAUAUUUACGAUUUUUCCCAUUUAUUAUGAAAACCCCUUGGAUAAUAAAAAUAACCUCCUUAAAGUACCAGUCCAGUAAAAUCUCCUUUUAGAAAAAGUGUUAUAAUUGAAAAUCUAAGCAAAAUUUCUAGUAAAAAAGUUGACAGAAAAAAAAUAAACUUCAUUUUAAAAAUAAUAUAGUCCUCGCUUCGCUCAGAAUCUAAAAUCUAACAUUUUAAAGUUAUUUAUUUCUUAAAUGUUCUAAAAUACAAAUUCCGAAAAAUGUUGUACUUUCCAAAAUAAUGAAUGUCUUACGUUAUAUUGAUUACUGUGUCAACAAAUAUUUAUAAUAUUGAGCUAAUGUAAUUAAAUUAAUUUACAGAUUGCUUUACAUACAUUUGGUUCUGUUUUAUCGGGAUUAAAUAUUGAUGACAUAAAAACAAUAGAACUAGAUGUUAACAGCCCUUGGUCAUUAGAGCUCAUUGAUUUACUUUCGAAACACAUCAAAAUGAAUAAAAUUGUUUGUAUGCGUAUUUAUUAUUUAAAUUGCAUGUAAUAACAUGGUUUAAUGUAUACAUUUUUAGCGUAAAGAGAUAACUAACCAAUUUAUGAGAAAAUCUAGAGCAGAUAUGCCCUUGCAUUUGUGGAGCUCCUUUGGUUCAUUAAUAUGUCAAUUAGAACCUCGAAUGUAUAAAAUAAUUAUGCCAAAUAAAGAAUUAUUUUGGAAAACAUGCUCAGCAUUUAAUAACAUAAAAACUUAUGACAAGCCAUGCAUAAGAAAUUUAGCAUCAAUAGCAGUGUCCGUCAUUGGACAGCCAAAUUUAUGGACAACAACUGAAGUGGAACAUAUGGGAAUUAUUAUUUGUGGUACCUCAUAAAUUAUUAUUUAAUGUUUAAUAAAUAAAUCUAUAAGGAUUAAGUUAAAAACUACGGACAUACUUUAUAUAAUGGGUAGACCACUGUUGUAAGUGAGAAGUUGGGAGGGUAAGAUAUACCCAUAGGGAAAUUUAAUGUAUGCCUGUACGCAAUAACAUUAUUGCUAACCAAAAGUAUUCUGAGUGGAAUUUGGUUAUACAUAUUUUGAAAGGCCAUAAUAUUUACGAUAUCCAUCAAAAUUUGAUGUUAAAAUUUUUAGACCUGUUUUUACCAACAAAACAUUGGUUUUUAAACAGUUUAUAAAAAAAAAUUGACCAAUUAUGGUCGGUUAUCAGUCAUAAACUCAGUUUAAGAAUCAGAUAAAUGCUUUUUGUGAGAAUGGUCCUUAUAAAAAUAAAAUUCUACUUCAUAUUAAUUUUUUUUUUAGAAAAAACAAAUACAAAUUAUAAUAAACCUGUUAAAUUUUUUUGCGUUUCUAUUUGGUCUGACAAUUUUAUUCACAGAGUACCUACAGAAUAAAAAUUAGGAAAUUAACUCAUAAAAUUAAUAUGUCUUUAAAUAGCUCAAAAAUGGCUUCAAUAUUUUAAAAAUGUUACUAUAUCUAAAUAAGGCAUAUUAUAUAAGUGUGCUGUCCAAAUUUCAAGUUUCUACUAACAGUUUGAACUGAAUUACAAUAAAUAAACUAAAUUGAAAAUAAUAAAAGCAUUAUUUUUAUAAAUUUUACCAUUUUUUUCCAAUCAUUGUGAAAACCACUAGGAAAAUCAAAAAAUUGACUUCAAAAGAGGCACUACACUUAAAAAUCAGAGCGAGAUUUCUGGUAGAAAAGUUGUUCACAGAUGAAAAAAAAUAAAUUAACAUCAUUAUAUAACCAAUACAUUUAACGCUUUGCUCAGUAUCUAAAUUAUAAAUAUAACUAAUAUAAGUUAUAAGAAUAUAUAAUUAAUGUUAAUAUUUUAUAUAGGAAUUAACAUUACUCAAUGGCAAGUUUUAUUACAGUUUAAUUCAAAAGCACUAGAAGGACUUUCUCCAAAUACUAUAAAAUGUCUUAAUAAUCAGCAAAUCAUGGUUAGUAAUUUUAUAAUAAAUAUUUUAAAUUGUAAUUAUUUAAUUUGCAUGGAUUUUAUUUUAUAAUCACAGUUGAUGAAUGAUUCCCACAUGAAACAUUUAACACCCAAAUCUUCACAAACCCUCAUGGAAAUUCAUUCUAAUUUAUUAGAUUUUCAAACCUCUGAAGUGCUAUUAAAAUUAGUACACUUUGAAAUUAAAAUGGAUUGGAAGUUAACAUCUGUAGUUGUUAAAUCAAAAACAGUUCAAGGAAAUAAACAACUAAGGGAUAAUAAUUCAAAUAUCGAUAGUACAAUUUAUGCUUAUGAAAGUACAAACAACAUUUCAUCCAAUUAUAUGCAAGCAAUUUCCAUUGCUACUACAGAAACUCCAUUCUACAACAUGUUAUAUUUUUCAAUCUUGAGUACUGUUUUUCUAUUAUUUAUUGUAGGAUAGUACCAGAGUUAUUAUUAGUGCUAUUAUUGUUCAUAUAUUUAUACUAAUUAUUAUUGAUUUUAUAUAAUUUGUAAAGAUUAUCUAUCUAUUAUUUUGUUUUUAUUGAGAUCAUUUUUAAAACUACCUAAUAUAUACAUAUGUAUUUUUAAUAUUUUAAUUUUUGCCUA